GCACGCCCUGCCACUGAAUAAUGAUAAUAAUGAUCAAGAUGGCUACUACAGAAUCCUCCUUGCGGUAGCUAACUACUAAUUUAAUGGAAGCGCUUAAAACUGCCGAUUCUCAAAGUUUAAGUCCCUCGUAGGCGGCGGGGUCUUUCCUGGGAAUAUUUCUAUAUGGAUUAAAACGGGCUGAGAGGAGAUAAAAGUAAUUGUGUUGCCUGCAGCACUCAUUCUAAGGAAGCUAGGCUAGCAGAGAAGCUAGCUAGCUCUACUUGUCGACCGUCUCCAGGUUUCCAGCCCCGCGGCGGCUCACAGGAGAGCGGCGCCCCCAGUUUAGUGUGCCCGGUCGUCGGACGGAGAGGGUCAGAUGGCAGAGCCGAGGAAAGUGCCGUUCGUCACCCUCUCAUCCUUCAACACCUCUCCGCCGACGCAAGAGAGCAACAAGAAGCGCCGCCGCGAAGAUGAGGCCGCCGACAUCACUUUUGGGAAAGAUGGAGGUGGAAGUGCGGCGGGGGUCGGGUCAGCAGGAGGCGGCGGGGGUCUGUUUGGAAACAGGAAAGGAAACGAUGCAGAGACCGAGGAGAGGAAACCCACAGUCCGCCUCAACCUGACUCUGUCCGAGCCCACUGACAGAUCAUCGUCCGAGUUCAACUACGGCGAGCUGGUCCAGCCAAACCCCCAAACUCAGGUAAAGCAUGCAGGUUCAACUCUCCCUAAAGGACUUGCUCCUCCUCUGGACCCCAACGACCCGUUUGCUGAUGACGACAGGGAGAGACGGGAGGUUGAAGAGCUGGCCCGCAAGUUUGAAAACAAAUAUGGUGGCUGCACUAAGAAGAAGAAAAAGGACAGGAUGCAGGAUCUCAUUGACAUCGGCUAUGGCUACGAUGAAACCGACCCGUUUAUUGACAAUUCAGAGGCUUAUGACGAGCUGGUGCCGGCGUCUCUCACCACAAAACACGGCGGCUUCUACAUCAACACUGGAACUCUGCAGUUCAGAGCAGCAUCAGACUCUGAGGGAGAAAACACGAGCACAGCAGAUAAUCACUUCAAGAAGAUGAAAGAUGGUGAGGAGCGGGUGAUUAAAAAACGGCGGAAAAAGCAAGAUGGUGGAAUCCUGGAGGACAAGAAACCAAGAAAGAAUAAAGUACCAAAGAGCGGUGUCACAGCCCUGAAUGUUCACCGACCAGAGAAGAAGAAGAAGAAGAAGCUGCUGAAGGACUCUCUGCACCUCGCCAACAUGCUGCGGCGCUUCACCCGAGAGAAGGAGGAGAUGAGAAAGAAGAACAUGGGAGCAGCCGGUCUGCAACGACCCAACGCCAAAGUGCCCAACGCCAACAGUGCUCUCCUCAACGCCCACACCAAGGCUGCGGGCGGCAAUGACUGCAACAUAACCGACCUGACCCCCGACCCAGCUGUGAUGUCGCUGCUGGGCUCGGCCAAUAACGACAUACUGCAGGACAUGAUGGGCGACCUGGACUUUGGGAUGCUGGACUCCCCCCAGCCGUCCAGUCCGGUGCAGGGAGAGAACGGCUCCUUCGGGAUGGGACACAAAGCGGGCGGGAGCAGAGUGUCACAGGGCAACACAAUGACGCCUCCUCCGCUGCCCAGCGGUCUGCCAGGACCGCUCCUGAAACGCAUCGAAGACCUGAGAGCGGCGUCCCGUCUGUUUGACGAAGAGGGCAGGAAGAAAUUCUUCACUUUGGACAUGAACAACAUCCUCCUGGACAUCGAGCUGCAGGUCCAGGAGCAGCCUGCGGAGGUGCGCUCAGCCGUCUACACUCAUCUGGAGGCCUUCGUGCCCUGCAACAAAGAAGCUCUGCUCAAACGCCUCAAGAAGCUCAGUCUGAACAUACAGGAUGACCGCCUUCGAACGCCGCUACUCAAGCUCAAACUGGCCGUGUGCAGCGUGAUGCCAGAGCAGAUCGCUCGAUACAACAUGGACUGCAUCGCUAAAGUGGCAAAGCAGCAGUCCGAGGAGGGAGAGAAAAACGGGUCAGAGGACGACGAUGAGGAGAAGCCAGGGAAGAGGGUGAUGGGCCCUCGGAAGAAGUUUGUCUGGGAUGACAAACUCAGGGCGUUGUUGUGUAACCUGGUGCGGGUGAAGCUGGGCUGUUAUGAGCUGGAGGGCAAGAACUCGCUCUCUCUCGAGGACUACCUCAAAGCCUUCAUGGAGACUGAAGUCAAACCUCUGUGGCCUAAAGGCUGGAUGCAGGCCAGGAUGCUGUUCAAGGAGAGUAUCAUGGCUCACGGUCACAUCACAGGCUACACAGCAAAGAAAAAGAUCGUUCCUACUCCUAAGACCCCAAAGCCAAAGGAGGCUGUGUGGGUUCAGCGGUCCACACCUUCAGCAGGUGCCACCCCCUCCCCCGCAGCUCAGGUUGCCAAGCGACCGCCCCAGUCGCCGGCUGAGCCCAUAUGUCUGGAUUCCCUCGACGACGAUCUGACAGCGCCCUCUCUGGACUCAAUCUCGCAGGCUUUGGCAAUUCUGGGUAACGCAGCCAAGGGACUCGCCCAAGGAGACAGCCCUCCCUCCCCCGAACGACCCAAAACCGCCCCCACCCCCUCCUCCCUCCAUGGCUCGCCGCUCCUGCAGCACCAGAAGAAGAACUCUGUCAGCACUCCCAGCUCCAGCGCUCCUCACUACAUCUCUACCUCUGCAUCUCCCUCCACCCCUCAGCCCCGCCCCCCUUCUCUCGCCACCUCUCCUCAUCCCUCCGUCAGAGUGGAGGGGAUAGGCGGGGUGAAGGGCGCCGUUCAGGUGCCCAGGCACUCAGUGCUGAACGCUCAGAGAACUUUAAGUGUGGGCGUGGCUAAAGCUAACAUGCCUGCCUCAGCUUCACCUCCUAAACCACGCCCACCACCUACUGCGUCCCCGUUAGUGGCGCCGGGGUCAAAGGUGGGGGUAUCCACGCCUCCGUCCGGCCUCCUCAAAGGCAGCAAUAAUAAAGCCAACAGUGGUGACGCUCUGAUCAUCACGCCGCCUCAGUCCCGCCUCCACACGCUCCAGUCUGCCUCACACAUCACCUCCAAAACCUUCCAGACGCCCCACCUACCCCAGACCACGCCCACCAAACUCUCCGUCUCCCUCCCUGGAGUCCAGCCCCAGCCGCAGUCCAACUUCAUCACCCCAAUGCACGCCACCCUCACCAAAUCCACCCACAGCAGCAUCCCACCCAUCGUCAAACUCACCCCACGGACCUCCAUCCCCGCCGUCACCACCACCGUCUCCUCAUCCUCGCCCUCUGUCUCCCUGACGCCCCGCUCUCAGGCAUCCCCCUCCAUACACCAGUACUCGCCCAAAAGCCCAGCAGGGUUCCGCCCGCCGUUCUCAGGAGCCCAAGGAGGGGCGACCAAGCCGGGGCCAGGCAGCUACACGCCUCCCAGCAGCCAGAAGACCGCCGCCAACAACAGCAGCACCAACACCAGCCUUAUAAACACCGUCUCCAUAAGCAAGCAUUCAGGAUCCAGUGCCUCCCCCACAGCCGCCUCCCCCAGCUCGGGGCAGCGUCAGAGACAAGGGGGAGGCACACCUCAGGGGGUCAAGGCGGUUGUCUCCCUCCCAACUUCAUCCGUCUCUUCUCAGCUACCACAGGUCUCCACUGCAGGUACCGGCAACCUCCUGGGCUCCUCCUCUCUUCCUCUGGGUUUCGGGAUGCUGGGAGGCCUGGUGCCCGUGUCCCUGCCCUUCCAGUUCCCCUCGCUGCUAAACCUGCCGUCGCUGGGUACGGCAGGCUCGAGUACGGCAGGCAGCGGCUCUGCAGCAAGUAGCAAUGCAUCGUUCUCUACCCUGACCCAGAAUCUGUAUAAGAGUCUCCAGUCAGGGUCUCAGGUUGCUCUGCCUCCUCACUUGCAGCUCGCUUUCUCAGAUGUCACUCAAAGCCAAGGAGGAGACGCUAAGAGGAAGACGCUAUGAUAAAGCCAGAUCUCAACGCCACAUGGAUGCUCAAUAGUUUGGACAAAUCACGACGGAGUUUGACUUUUGCAGACUCCUCCCAGGGCUCUGAGACGAGCACACUCACUAUCAUGAAAACCGACGUUAAAUCUUUUUAAACAAUUUGAUAAAUUAGAAUGAAAUGACAAAUGCCAGUUUGUCGAUGUUUACAAAGAUAGACCUAUAUCACUGUGGACAGGGAGAAGAGUGAAUGGUUUUUAGGUGUGAAUGCGUGCAAAUAUGGAGGUGUUUGGUUAGUGGGAGCGGACGUGUGCCUUUGUGUGUCUCCCUCUCUGAUGCAUGGUCAGUGUGUCUAUUUGGUGCUGUUUUUAUCCUGAUGUAAUUAUCACCUGUAAGAAAUGUAAACUGCAAAUUGAAUUUGAGCUUUUUUCAAUGAGAGCUAUACACUUUUUCAUUGUACUUGAAUUCUUGGAUGAAUUCGUGACUGUAUAGAACUCGAUCCUACUUUUAAUUAAAAUCUUUUCCCUCACAA